AUGAAGUUCGCUGCUGGCCUUGUUCUUGCGGCUCUCGCCGUCACCGCCGCCAACGCCGGCAACCCGGCCUACCUCCGCUCGUCGGACGAUGCCAGCGCCAGCGAGGACUUCGACUUCUCGGCCUCGGACUCGCUCGACGCCAGUGGCAGCGACGCCUGCCCGGACGAGUGCCCGGACAAGUACGAGCCCGUUAGGGACGGGGAUUACCAGUACCCGAACGAGUGCUACAUGCGCAUGGCCCAGUGCCUCACGAACGACGUGAACAACCUGUUCGUCAGAGACAGCACCGACGGCAGCCGCUGGACGUUCACCGUGGAGUCGCUUUUUGGCAGCAGCGGCAGUGGCGUGGAAAAACUUGAUCAAUUCGCUGACGUCUUAGGGAAGAUGAUGAGUUCAUCAGGCAGCGACGACCUCUCGUGGCUUUUUGACAGCGACUCGGAGUCCGGUAGCGAGGACCCCACCCUCGUGAAGGGCAAGGGCGGCGUCGCCACUAAGGGCAAGACCCCCAUCUACGAGGACGACUCGGAGUCCGGCAGCGACGACGACGUCCUGGUGAAGGGCGUCAAGGAGCCCGCCACCAAGUCGUCCAAGUCGAGCAAGACUGAGAAGGCCACCAAGACGGGCACGACCACCGACCUAAUUGACCAGCUCUUCGACGACGCCUCGGAGGACGGCAUCAUUGGCGACGAGUCCGAUGAGGAGGACCCGACGCUGGUGAAGGGCGCCACCAAGGGCGGCGCUGCCACCAAGGGCAAGACCCCCAUCUACGAGGACGACUCGGAGUCCGGCAGCGACGACGACGUCCUGGUGAAGGGCGGCAAGGAGCCCGCCACCAAGUCGUCCAAGUCGAGCAAGACUGGGAAGGCCACCAAGACGGGCACGACCACCGACCUAAUUGACCAGCUCUUCGACGACGCCUCGGAGGACGGCAUCAUUGGCGACGAGUCCGAUGAGGAGGACCCGACGCUGGUGAAGGGCGCCACCAAGGGCGGCGCUGCCACCAAGGGCAAGACCCCCCUGUACGAGGAGGAUGACAGCGAGUCCGAGUCUGCUUCGGACGAGGACGACUACUUCCAGCAGGAGCAGCUCCAGACUUCCGUGGCCGAGAAGGCGGCGACCAAGAGCUCCAAGACUCUGCUGCUCUAA